CCCAAAAGGAGGUGAAGCGUCGCAGGCUCGCAGCAGGCGUAGGAAUCCGGGAUGUGAUUUUACUGAAAGUCAGGAAUUAUCUGGAUUUUUUGUGAUUUUUUUCAUAAUCGUUUUUAAUCUUCGUUUAACGCGAAACUGACACAUGUGACAACACAUAUGCGUUUGUUUUCUUCAUUUGCGUUGGUAUAGAGACUGAAUUCUUGGUGCACAGAUUCUGGUGGGGAAAAAACGGCUACAAACUACUGAAUUUUGGAAAACAUGGAGACAAGAAGGGAAGGACCCGACUAAACCAAAGUUUCCAAACAAAUUAUCCCGGGAAAAGAGGGAAUCCGUUCGAGAGAGGAAAAUAUGUUUAGUACAUCCGUCAAGUGUGGAUUGUACUUUAUUGCCGCUUUAAAACGAAGCUUUUUUGAGCAGAAUUCCUGAGCUGGGAACUAUCCGUUACCGCAGCUCCUAGCACAAACAUCAAACGAUUUGUAAAGUUUUCUCCCGAUUUUGUUGUGGAAAAUGUGGGAAUUCUGGAAGUUGGACUAGGUAGGAGAAGAAUUACGAUGAAAGGUUGAACCGUGUGGCUGUCUUAAUCCACCGUUUGAGUGAAUUUCCCCAGAUUUCCACACGUUGGAGUGGACAGGAAGGAUACAUCUCAUUCUUAUGGAGAAAAAAGUCCAUUCAGCGUGUAAGGGGCCUAAAAAGGAUGUAUAUUGAGUUUACAGACUAACUUUACAGUGGCAAUACAGUACUGUUUUAUUUACAGUUGAGAAAUUCGCGUAUGGAGUUCGGUUCUGUUUAGGAAUGCCGAUUUGGAAGUGUGUCGUUUUGGAAAUGAUAGGAAACCACCGAGACGUACGAAGUAACAAUUGGGACUGUAAAAUGAGCCAAGAGCUUUUGGACUGACGUGAAAUGCGACCGGACAGUCUCUUUCAUUCGUAAGGCAACAUUUUAACAAAAGAUUAUUCAUCUGAGUUUACUUCCAGUCGUGGUUUUGGGAUUGACAAAGGCGACUGUAUCCAGACAGAGGCGAGGGGGAAGCCUGUCGGACUGUGUGGUGGCAUUUUGGCUGGGAAAAUGAUGAAGCGUCUCAGACAGACAGAAAGAGUUUUCCUCCAUUGAUCAUCUGUGUUUGCUUUUAGCAUCGAUUUCCUUUACUAACUGUAGAGCUAAAGUCAAAUGACACAGCAUAGUAAAACCAACACAGUCAAACCGUGGAAAUAUAAAACAUAAGCUUGUAUCUCUCUUCCAUUCCAGAGGAGACAUUCCCGAAAACAUCAAGACGGAACUGUCAAAAUUCAAAAGUGCCUCUCGGCUGUUGUUGUUGUUUUGGUUUGUUAUUUUCUCUCGAAUAUAAAGGUGUUUUACCAUGGUAAAAUGCUAAUUGGAUAAGAACUGAAGAAAAUCAAGAAAGGAAAGCCCAAUGAGCGGCACACAGUCCACGCUUGCUGAGAGGUUUCCCAAAAAAGCGAGCAGGACAGGAAGUAUUCUCAUCAAGGACCAUCCCCCAGACAAAAAGCCCAAAAGCGACAAGGCGUCAGUCCCCCCCUCGCAUGAGUUUGACCCCACAGAACUGCCUAUUCAGAGUGUAGUAGCCGACGGAAGGCCAGAGUCUUGCGGGCUUGUGCAGCGUUGUGUCAUCAUCCAGAAAGAUGAGAAUGGCUUUGGGCUGACAGUGAGCGGCGAUAACCCUGUGUUUGUACAGCUUGUAAAAGAGGAUGGAGCUGCCAUGCGAGCUGGUGUUCAGACAGGCGACCGGAUCAUAAAGGUCAAUGGGACAUUAGUUACACAUUCAAAUCAUGUAGAAGUUGUAAAGCUAAUAAAAUCGGGCUCCUAUGUGGCCCUGACCGUGCUGGGGAGACCGCCAGGCCUGCCUCAGAUCCCUCUCUCAGACGGCGAGGUGGAGGAGGGGUCUCUCUUCUCGCUCACUUCCCCUCACUCCCCGGGGCCCAUCGGUCCAGACCGCUCCUCUUCUUCCCCCAGCCCCUCGGAGCGCAAACCCACCCCUCUGCCUGUAUGGGCCAUGACAGAGGAGUACAGCAGGAACCCUACACCUAAACUACUGAAGGAAAACCAGGACGCCAAGAAGCACAUUCCACAGCACCAGGAGCAGCUCAGCAAGCCCACUGGGACUGGACAGGAUGGCUCCAUAUCUCCAAGGCCAGGUGAAGGCGAGCAGGAGGAUGGAGGGGGAGAUUUGGAUCGACCCCCUUCCUGGCAGGGUGAUGCUGGAACGGAGCCAUUGUGGACCAACAAUAUCACGACCCCUGUCACGCCUAGUCCUUUCCUGGAGAGCCCAUGCCAAAGAGAGACCCCCUGCCACAGUCCAAAGACCACACCCCGAGACAGCCUCAACUCCUGUCCUUCACCGGAUGCCGAAGACACACCUGAUCUUGAUUCUCAGUCGAGUAUGGGGAGCCCCUCCUCUCGUCCGGUUGCGCACAUUAUUGGUGCUGAGGAUGAAGACUUUGACACAGAGCAGGAACAGAUGAAUGGCCAGUGUAGCUGUUUUCAGAGCAUAGACCUCCUGAAAUCCCGGCCUGCUCACCUAGCAGCUUUUAUCCAUCAUGUGGUCUCUCAGUUUGACCCUGCGCCUCUGCUGUGCUACCUCUAUGCUGAACUUUACAAACAGACCAGCUCCAAAGAGACACGACGAAUCCUCAUGGAUACCUUCUUCAUAGACAAAACAGCUAGCUUGAAAGUAACAGUACCUGAAUCCAUCAUCACUGACCUGGAGCGGACUGCACACUCAAUUAAUGCAGAACGGAAGAGGCCGGAGCCCAUCUCAGAGGAUGUCCACCGACAGUACGUGCAGCAGCUGCAGGACACACUUCUACCUGACAUUCAGAAGAACCUAGAAGACUUCAGGCAAAAGCGCAGUAUGGGUCUGACGCUGGCUGAAGCGGAACUAGCCCGUCUGGAUACGGAGAGAAUGAGAGACCGGGUGGCUCCCGAAAAAGAACGAGCCUGUGCAGAGCACAUCAUCUCUAAGAUAGAGGAUGUACUACUGACGUCGCAGGCCACAGAGGAAGAUAAGUGUACCACCAUGCAGUUUGUCAUAUUGUCAUAUAUGAAGCAGCUCGGCGUAAAAGUGAAGGAGUCUCGAGGGCUGGAGCACAAGCCCAAGCUAAUGAAUCUUUUCCCUAAGAUAAAGAAAAGUAUAAAGCCUGAGAAAGAUGGAAGUGAGGAGAAAUCAAAGAAAACACGGUUUCCUAACGUUUUUCCUCAGAGACGGCCGAGCAGGGUUGAUCCUUCACUCAGACAGAGAGAGGCUCUGGAGCCGAGGCAGCGUAUGACAAAGCCUCAGCUGCCGUUGGGCACUGGAGAGCAGACAGACGGGUCGUCUCUUCCCAUACGGGUCAGUCAGUCUAGUGAGGGCUCAGAUGGCAGCACUGCCUUGGUCACAUCACCUCCUUACAGCGCUCCAGCAGCUCCAGACGGCAUCAGCCGAGAGUCUGAAACUGGUGGACUUCCUUUAUCUGCACAGGCCAGAAUGGGAGAGGGUUCCAUCCCAGGAGAUUCGCAGGACUCCUCCUCUUCAAACACUCACUUUGACUUCAGCCCCUGCACACUGGAGCAUCUACAGGAAGAGGAAGCUGAGACAGACAAGACGCUGGACACCGGCACUCCUAGGCCUGACCGGAGCAGGACGGAUCCGCUGGGCUCUGGAGAAGUGCAGAGUGAGGAUGAUCAGUGUGUUGAGGUGGAGCUGGAGCCUUCUAACUGGCAGACACUGGUGAGCAGAGACGUCCUGUCCACACUUACCCCUCAGGAAAUCAAGAGACAAGAAGUCAUCAACGAGCUGUUCUACACUGAGAGAGCACACGUUCGGAUGAUGAAGGUCCUGGAGAAUUUGUUUUACCAGCCGCUGAUCAGAGACUCCAUCCUGCCUUCUGCAGACAUCAAAAGCAUCUUCAGCAACCUUGAGGAGAUCGUUCAUCUGCACAUGUCUCUAACGGAACAGAUGGCCGCUGUUCGGAAGAAGAAUGAGACGGCGCUCAUUGACUUGUUAGGAGACGAUUUGCUUUCCUGGUUCAGUGGGGAAGAAGAGGCGAAGAUCAAGAGAGCUGCGGGCACGUACUGCAGUAAUCAGCCUUUCGCCCUGGAACUCAUCAAGAGCAAACAGAAGAAAGACCAGCGCUUCAACUCCUUCAUUCAGGAGGCGGAGAGUAACCGUAAUUGUCGCAGGCUGCAGUUAAAGGACAUCAUUCCUGUGGAGACUCAGAGACUCACAAAGUAUCCCCUUCUGCUAGAGAACAUCGCCAAAUACACAGAGGACCCUGAGGAGAGAAGUAAAGUGAAACGGGCUGGCGAAUGCUGUCGAAAGAUUCUCACCCACGUCAAUCAGGAGGUGAAAGAAGCCGAGAACAAACAGAGGUUGGAGGACUACCAGAGACGACUGGACCUGUCCUCACUGAAACAGAGCGAGAACCCCAUGAUAGCAGAGUUUAAGAUCUUGGACUUGACGAAGAGGAAGAUGGUGCAUGAGGGACCACUAUCCUGGAAGGUCAACAAAGAUAAAACUAUUGAGCUGUACACAUUGCUGCUGGAAGAUAUAUUGGUGCUACUUCAGAGGCAAGAUGAGAAGCUGAUCUUAAAAUGCCACAGUAAGAAUCUGGCGGGCACCGCUGAGACCAAACACAUCUUCAGCCCUAUCAUCAAACUCAGCACUGUCAUGGUGCGCUCGGUCGCCACCGACAACAGGUCAUUCUUUGUACUGUCGAUGUCUGAUAAUGGAGCCCAGAUCUAUGAGCUUAUGGCCCAGACUGUAUCUGAGCAGAAGACGUGGCAGUGUUUGAUCACACAAAGUGCAGACAGCAUGAAGACCAAACUACCAAACAUCAUUCCAUUACCUCAGACUGAUGGGGAGCGUGAAGAGGUCGAGUUGAUCAACUCUGGUGUUCCGAAACUAAACAAAGACGCUGAGCCCAUUUCUUUAGGGAGCAUUCAGUCUCCAGAAAAAGAUGACACUGAGGUCAUGUCUACUGAGGUCAUGUCCACUGAGGUCAUUUCAACCCCGCCAUCUAGUACCAACCCGUUUGAGACCAAAUCUGAUGAGGAGGAUGAAGAGGAAGAAAACUUGGUACCGGAUCAGGCUGAAGAUGAUGAAGCGUUCGUGGUGGCUGAUAUGACCGAUCGACUGACAUUACUGAAGCAGCGCUCGAGACUGGGCAUCGCCAUAGAUGAGGACGAGGCCGAGGCCUUUGAGCUCCAGCCACUCAGAGCUGAUGAAGCUCUCAGGACACUGGCGACACUGAGGCAGCUCCUGAUCAACCACAUGUCCAGUCAGGAGGACACAGACAGAGACCCCGAGAGAGGAGAGCAACGGGAGCACGUGGCGAGGACGGGUUCUCAGCAGGGGCCGGAGAACAGCGCUGUGAUCGGGUCCACUGUUGAGAAUGGCUCAGAGAGGGGCGAGAACAGAGGGGAGAACGCACAGGAACUGCCCUCCGGAGACACGGGCUUCUUUGAGACGUCUGAGGAUUGUGUCUCUGCAGGCAGUUACAUGGUGCUGGAGGUGUAUGGAGGCUCAGGUGAGAGCAGCACAGAUGAUGACGUGCAGGCCAACAGCGGGGAGCCAGUGGCUGGGGGAGACUCAGGCAUCGACUUGAAGAAGCUCCUCUCAUCCUCCUCUCAGAGCAGCGGAGGACCUAACGUCAACAGACAGAUCAUGACCCACAUACGUCUACUACAGGCCAACCUGCAGCACCUGAAGGAUACAGAAAUCAAGUAUAACCAGCUACGCCAAAGGCUAUCAGAGGAAACAGCUACUGACACAGAGGAAAACAAAGACAGGAGGAGACACAGAGACACUGGGCUUCUCCAGCCCUGCUCCUCUUGAAACAAUGUUCAUGCACGAGACAGAAUCGCAACAGGACGACCCCAAUCCCUCGCUCCAAAUCUCCGCGCACGCCAUGGUACUUUGAGAACGAUUGCCAUGCAAGGAAGUUUCAUCACCUCUCACUCGACCAUCUUUAUUGAGGACAGAAGACAAUUCCUUCCUUCAGCAACCCUCCAUCAUUGUCAAAAACCGCCGAACAACAUUGGAAACCACAAGAUUUGAGGGUAAAUGUAAGCUUGGAUCGACAAAACGCCCCCAAAGUUUCAUUGGCUAAUAUUGACUCAUCCAAUCAAAGUGCAACUUGAAUGGUCACAUGAUCUUAUACUUGGGUAGCUCCUCAGAUCUUUGGCCUCACUAGCAUAUGUGCUUAAUAACGAUGACAGUGUGAUUAGUUCAGACAGAUAUUCACAUAAACCGAAUGGCGGACGUCUGUUUCAAUCUGGCUUGUGUUAUAUGUGACCUAGAAACUAUCAGCAGUGAGUGGCGAUUGAAGUCAUGUAACAGUAGCCGCCACGUGAGCCUAAAAUGAGACGUCUCAAAGGGGAACGGGCAAUGUUUGCUGACUGACGAUGAAGGCAAAUGAUGCUCGUAUGGAAAUGAGCCUGACGAUCGUGGUGGUGUCUCUCAUUCCUCCUCUCUUAAUAAACCACAUGCAAUUUAAUGAAGCUACUGAAAGCGUUUUCUCUGGCUCGCGGCCAUGGGAAAACCGGACCUUUCGUAAUGUCGUCGGGUCGGGCUGACGCGACAUAUUUCCGGAUUUUCUUGGUUUUGAGAAUGAAGUUACAUAGAAAGAAGCUUCAACGCAGGAACUUGAUGAAGACCCUUAAUGGUCCUUUUUAAAUGUAAUGUAUUGUACAAUUAUGACCAACACUGCAUCUCUUACAGAGACUCGUUUUUUUUUUCCCUCUUCUUUUGCAUUCUAAAGCGUUCAGUCAUGUAUUAUUUUAACAGAAACUACUAAAAAAAAAAAGAAGAAAAAUAAAAGACUGCAAGGUAUCCUUUAAUAUUAAUGUAAUCUGUAUUUUUAUCAUUCUGUCUAGACGUUUGAGGUAUUUUAUUAUAUUAUUGAACAUUAAUAUGGUCUUGGCUUUCUGUUGAGAACAUGAAAUAGCUCUAAUAGAUGAGAUUCUAUUAAAUUUGACUGAACUGAUGUAUUGUUCCAAAUGGAAAGAAGAUAUUGCACAUUGUGUCUUCAUUUUAUCACAUUUACCUUUUGAGGAGCGUGGGACGGAUAUUUUGUUUUGGAU